AUGUCGGGCAAGCACGAGAUUACUCCAAAGGUUAAUUUUCCUGAUAUCGUUGAGGAUGAGACUCCGACACACAAAAGGCAUCUGACAGCUCGCUACGAUAAAAAGACUCGGAGGCUGAUGAAGGAAAAAUUAAAUUUAGAGGACUUCAUAUUUGCGGAGUUGCGAAAAGUAUACCUGCGAGAUGAUGAUGAUUGGGACUGCGAAAUGGAUGUUGAUCAGCUUAUCCGUCUAAACGAAAGUGAACGGCAAGCCUACAUGGAGGUAAUUUAA